AUGAUUGUGGGGCCGAACCUCCGGAGCAUUAACCCUAUGUUGUUGGGUUAUAGCAUGCCAAGUAUGGUCAGUGUUAGUCAAAGUAGGCCGGAGAGCGUGAACAGCCUACCGACGACACCAGUCCACAGCAACUACAGCAUGGACGCCAAACGAGGCUCACCCCUGACGCACGCAGAGCGUACCGGGGCGCCCCCUGGCGCUGGCAAGGAUGCUGUGAAGCUAUUUAUUGGACAAAUACCACGACACUUGGAGGAGGAAGAUCUUCGGCCCAUGUUCGAGGAGUUCGGCAAGAUUUAUGAGCUGACAGUACUCAAAGAUAAGCACACCGGGAUGCACAAAGGUCGGUAA